GCAUGUCCAAACUCGGCCGCCAUUCCGCCGGGCGGUGUAGUCAAAUUGCACCAGGUACGGCGGGAUUUUAAACACGACCUCCUAAGUCACACUUUUGGCAUGUAAUCAACUUUUCUCUGUACGUACACUACCGACACACAACAUACGUGUCCAAUCUUAUUUUGCUGGAGAUCAGAGAUGAAAGGGUCUAACCACCUCGCCGAUGAAUACAAGCUAUCAGAGUUCUGAUUUCCAUCGUGUUGGGUAUCCAGGAAACACAUUGACCUCCAUCAAAGUUGGUGUUCUGAACAAUGGAGGAAGUCGUUGAUGAUUUCGUCGUAUGUACCGUCUGCUCCAAGGAGUACGACAAUGAUAAACGUGUCCCUAGAGUUCUCCUAUGUCUACAUUCCUGUUGUUCUUCAUGUCUGGACGAUCUGACAGUCAAACGCGAAGUAGAGUGCCCGAAAUGCAAGACGAGACACGAAUCCAGCAACGAAUCUCUCACUGAUUUCCCUGUCGAUAGUGCCUCCCGGAAUUUCAUUGAUUUCCUCCGCGUGCAGCGGAAGCCCACUGAAAUUCCCUGUACUGAUUGUCCAGACGAGGAAUUUGCGGAAACGUUCUGUAAAGAAUGUUUUGCGUUUAUGUGUGGCGUUUGUACCAAUGCUCAUAAGCGUACCCAGUUAACGAGAAAACAUGUUAUUACAUCAGUAGAUGACUUGCAGGACUAUGGACUUGACGAAUUCCAUAGACGCGAUACCUGUGUUAAACCUGGUCACGAAGACCAGGUGUACACUUUCUACUGUGAUCGAAGAGGAUGCGACAAGCCUGUCUGCACGUUAUGUGCUGUUUGCGAUCAUAACCAAACUAACGGACAUCUUAUAAGAAACCUCAGCGAUGUGUACGAGGAUAGUAAAACUGUAGUUGAGAGUGUGGUUCGUGAACUGAACACUAAGGAGAGCCCCGUCACAGAAUCGAUCGACAUCCUUCAGCGUCUUUUGGACGACCUCGAAGAGAAGGAAAACGAAAUCGAUGAAGAAAUCGAUACAACGUUCAACAACCUUGCCCAAAUUGUUAACGAUAGGAGAAGCCAACUCCAUCGAGAACUUGAGAAUCAGUGUCUGUCAAAGAAAAAGGACCUUCAACAGAAGUUGCUGCAUCUGAAGUCAUAUGCCGGAAAUGUUCAAACUGCCAACGAGUUCGUAUCUCGUGCCAUAUCCUACACCAAUGCUACAGAAUUUCUCCAUUUGAAAAAUACAAUCUUAAGACGACUGUUAGAACUCAAAAACCUUUCUUUUACUGCACCUACCAAAGAGGAUGUGACUCUGCGUUUCUUCCAGAAUCUCAACGAAGAGUCAUUUGUACAGCUUAUAAAAAGCAUAGGAGUUGUAACUUCUCGCGAAAAAGUACCAACGGCAAACACCGUGCCGCCACCAAGUCCCCCGGAAAAGGAAAUUACAAAACAAGAAGAGCCAGAGAAAUUAUCAAGACAGUUCAAUAGUUAUGCACCUUCCGAUCGUUCGGCAUUCCAGCGCCAAAUAAGUCAAACAAAUCCAGCUGAGAAACCGUUAUUUCCUAGACAAAUAAGUGUCCCGAACUCUGUGAUUGACAGACCUGUAUUUCAGAAGCAAGCUAGUGUACCGAGUCCAGUUGAAAGACCUGCCUUCCAAAGGCAAAACAGCGUUCCUCUGGAUCACGGAUUAAAGGACGCCCGACAGAGUGUUCGGGAUGACAUUAUAGCGACUCGCCAGUCCCGUCAACAACAGCUGCCACCGACUCCAACAGUCAAUGGGAUAUCAGGCGAGACACAUUCGAGGGACAAGUCUCCCAGUGGAAAAGUUGGUAUGCAGACAGGCCAAGCGAAACCAAAUGGCGAUCUUCAGAGGAAGCUGAGACCAGCACCAGCGAAUCUUUUCAAAGGCGACUCCAAGUCUGCACCCAUCGGUCUGGGUGAUUUCCUGAAAGAACUAGAGUGCAAGGGUGAAUUGCCCGUUAGGAUGGGUGUCGAAAAGACAGCCAGGCCACAACUGUCGGAUCCAGGGACCCCGGAGAGGUCAUUCAAACCCAUAACCCCGACCAACCCUACGUCACCGGUGACAAAGUUCAAUAACACUUCAAAGGGAACGUUGUCAUCACCUAGAUCCCCUCGAAGUUCUCAUCCUCCAGGUGCUUAUCCGUACGGGGACAAAGGAGCACUGUUAGGAUUCCAUCACCAUGGAAACGGGAGAAAUGUUGAAGGAAAGGAACUGUUAAAGUCAAUCCAAACCACCCCUACAUCCGCAGUGACCUUUGGAGAUGUCAUUUGUCCUUACUUCGUGUUUGAUGUGGAGACAAUUCACAUGGAGAGGGAGGUAUCAAUUGAUGGAAAACAACUCCGAAACCGGAAGUCGGGUAGCCCUUCAGGUAUUCCAAACAGUAGUAAACAACUUCAGAAGUACAAAGGAAUUGUGGGUACUUUUGGUUUCAAAGACCCAGGUAAAUAUUACUACGAGGUUGAUGUUUCGUUCACAAUACACCAGCCUCUCGAAGAAACAUGGCUUGUAUUCGAGUUAGGAAUUGGUCGAGCAGACGACAUUGACAAGCACCAUACAGUGGAACGACAUGAGCACUCAAGGUCAUGUUACGUUGCCCGAUACCCAGAAGAUGGGAAACUGGCACAAGAAUUCUGGCACAACCGUGACCUUUUGACCUACGUGCCCUUGUCUGACAACACGACUGGCCUGACAGUCGACGUGACCUAUGGUCUUGUAGUGGACACAAAGAGAAGAAAGUGGACAGUGUCCGACAUAAAAAGAGAGAAGAAGCUCCAUACCUUUACUGGUAUUGAUUUCUCAGAACCUCUCAUCCCUGUGUUCGGCACCUACAACCCCGACCUUGUCAGUGUCGAGAUGAACAUCAAAACGGGAUCAGAAAUAACGUCAUUUCCGGCAUUCUUAAAAGGCUUUUGAUGCUGCUUAAACAGCAUCAUAUAGUUCAAUGGACUAUCACAGGAAGAAGAACAUUUCUGAGAAAUGUUUGAUAUAUAUCACUUUUAUCGAGUUUGACAUCUAGAAUAUUUAGAUGUUUUGCGUUGUUGUAAUAAGUAUCUUCAUAGUCGUUUUGUUGAACGUAGGACUUUAAUGUCAUUCCAACGAAAAGAAAUCGUUGAGAUUAUUCAGAAAAAUACUAUUCUGUGAUAAUGUUUUACCAAAAUGUCUAUAUCAUACAUACUGUUUUGGUCAUUUAUAAACAGUUGCUAGAUUGGCCACUGUAUGUAUCCGGUGUUUCUUAGCACAUAACAUGUAUAUCGCUGUCAAGUGUAUAUGCAACAUUUUAGAAAAUUAUACAACUUAUGAAUCUGAAAACUGAUACCAUUUUUUUUAAAUAGUUCUAAAUAUAUUUGUGUGUAAAUUAGAAUCAUGCUCGUUUACAAUAUUAUAAUGGUUGUUAUCGGUGGUCCAGUUUUUAAAAGAAAAAUGUGUUUUUUUUCGGAAAUUAUGUAAUUGAUACAAAAUACACAAUGAAGUAUUCAAUUAAGAUGGAUGGAUUGCUUUUCUUCUGUUUUUAUAAAAACACAAUAAAGUAUUCAAUUGUAAAUUAAGAUGGAUGGAUUGUUUUUCAUCUGUUUUCAUGAAAACAGGAUUUAUAGACGAUUGGUUGUAACUGCUUAAGAUUUCAUUUCGAGUUUGACUAGACGUUUCAUUUCAAGAAUAUGUAAAGAGAGGAUAGGAAUAUAUAAGAAAAUAGGUAAUGUUUUUACGCUUGUUGAUUUUAUUCCUUUAUUGAGCAGUUAGUUAAUCAGUGCUAUAUGUCUUGAAAUACACAUAUAAUUGUAAAUCUGUGUUCUAUAACAUAAUUAUAUUGUCAUUAUUUUCAAUAAAUUCAGUUAUUUUUGAUAAAUUCAUAUCUCUACAUUUUGGAUAAAUAUUUGUUUUAGCCAUCCAUGCAUACUAACAUUAAAUAAUGCAUGUCAAAAUAACUAUUUGUUUAUGUUUGUUUUAUAGGAUCAUAUAACUAGGGAUAUAUUUUCACUCCACAGUAAUUUUCAAAAAGUCUCGAUCAACCAGACGCUUGAUCAGUACGCAUUUAUUCUCUGCAUGGCGUAACACGCGCAGCCAACAAAAGUCUGGUUGAAUAACACAACUAAGAAUAUGUCCGCCGAAAAAAAAACUAUUUCAUGCCAGCAGUUAUGACAUACCAACAUAUCUAAUGAAUCAUUUUCAUUAAGUAAAAUACACUUGUGUAUUAUUUCGCGAGAUAAUCACGAUUAUUGUAUCUAUUCAAAGACACAGAUUCGCAGGCUUGGUUGUUCUUGUAUGUUGAUUUUGAUAAUCACGAACUAUUUCUGUGAUAACUACCUCGAAAACGACAAUACGCGAAAAUUCAGUAAUGCACACUAUUCGGUAUAACAAUGUCAUAUUAUUCAUGUUUUUAUUUAAAAAUUGUUCAUGUUUUUUUUUUUAAUGAAACCCGUUGUUUUAAAUGCAUUAGUUUCAUAUUUUAAUGCCAUUUUUUUUUCAGUAAAACGAAAAUUAGUUGUAGUAUGUCUAUUACCUUUCAGAUGCCUUAAUUCAUUUGUGGUUGUCAGCGAAAAUGAUCAUGUUGCAAACGAAUCAUAUUCUAUUUCUCUGUGUGUUUGUGUUUAUUGGUUAUUUAGGCAUACAACAUUUUUCAGUAUCAAAUGAUGAACACCAAUCAUAAGCAAGUAAUAGGGCCCUAAAAUGAAUGUAUAUUAUUUCAUGAUGCAGAUUUUUCUUGUUUUAAGUAUGUCCUCAUGACUGACAUAAACGAUCAUUUACGUGUGAAAUUCCGGUGUAUAUAUGUAUCUAAUAUGAUAAGUUGUCAUUAUUAUUUAAAAUAAAUUAUUCAUAGUAUUCGAUUUCUUAUAUAUUUUUUUUUAUAUUUUUAAUAUUUACCCACGUAUGACAUUAGAUAACGACUGGUCUUCAUAUAGCAUAUUUUAGAUAAAAUCAUGGAUAUAUUCGAGUGUUAUAAUCAUGUAAAUGUAAAUAUUUACAAAUAAAUUAUAUUUUAGUCUA